AUGUCCCCAUCCCUGUCCCCAGACUACGCCAAGGAGCACCUGGCCCAGCUGCAGGAGAAAGCUGAGCUCAUCGCCGGCCGCAUGCUGCGCUUCUCCGUCUUCUACCGCAACCAGCACAAGGAAUAUUUCCAGCACGUCAGGAUGCACUGCGGGAACGUGAUGAAGCCGUCGCUGAAGGACAACAGCGGCAGCCACGGCUCGCCCACCAGCGGGAUGCUGCACGGCAUCUUCUUCAGCUGCAACACCGAGUUCAACACCGGGCAACCCCCCCAGGACUCCCCCUACGGCCGUUACCGCUUCCAAAUCCCGGCUCAGCGGCUCUUCAACCCCAACACCAACCUCUACUUCGCGGACUUCUACUGCAUGUACACCGCUUACCACUACGUCGUCCUGGUCCUGGCGCCCAAGGGUUCCUCCGGCGAUCUCUUCUGCCGGGAGCGCCUUCCCCAACUGGACAUUUCCUCCAACAAGUUCCUGACGUGCUGCGCGGAGGAGGGCGAGCUGGUGUACCGCCACGCGCAGGACAGCAUCCUGGAGGUCAUUUACACCGAA